AACAAUUCUCAUAUAACUAAUAAAUCAUUUGCAGUGGAAAAUAAUUCAGUCGAGGAACUUGAGGAAAAAUAAUAUAAUAACUGUAAAUAAAUAAUAAUUAUUGCCUCGCUGCUGCUGGCAACAUUUAAAUGCUCAUUUCCCCGAAACUUCGCUAAACUUGCUACCAAGCAACCGCCAUCUCUCUCCCUCCGUCAAAAUAUACCGCCAAAUCCCUAAAAUCUACCGGCAAAGUCUACCGGCGGCGUCAGCGGUGGCUCAAAUGCGAACCAAUUAGUCGGCCGUAGAGGAAAUUAGAUUUUGAAGUAGAAAACCGAUGUCUCCGCAGGGACGAUCCGCGCCGACCUCAGCGCCUCCGUCGGCGAGUCCUGCCAACAGCGAUCUCAAGCAACGAGUCAUAGCCUGCCUGAACAAGCUCUCCGACAGGGACACCCUCGCCGUCGCCACGGCCGAGCUCGAGUCGAUCGCUCGGAGCUUGACUUACGACUCGUUCUCUCCGUUCCUCAACUGUAUCCACAACACCGAUUCCACCUCCAAAUCUCCCGUCCGAAGGCAAUGCGUCGGCCUGUUAACUCUCCUCUCCCACUCCCACGGGAACUCGCUGUCUCCUCACCUCUCCAAGAUGGUGUCCACCGUCGUCCGCCGCCUCCGGGACCCGGAUUCCGCCGUCCGGUCGGCCUGCGUCGAGGCCGCCGCCGCCAUGUCGUCUCAAAUCACGCAGCAUCCCUUUGUUACCAUCUCGAAGCCGCUUAUAGAGAUGCUGACGGUGGAGCAGGAUCCGAACUCUCAGAUCGGAGCCGCGAUGUGCCUGGCGGCGGCGAUCGAGGCGGCGCCGGAGCCGGGAGUUGAGCAGCUGAGGAAGGUGUUGCCGAGGCUUGGCAAGCUGGUGAAGGGAGAAGGAUUCAAGGCCAAAGCCGCUUUGUUGAGCGUGAUUGGGAAUAUUGUGGGCGUUGGAGGCGCAGCGAGUAAGAACGUUUUGGAUUGGUUGGUUCCCUGUUUGGUUGACCUAUUGAGCUCUGAAGAUUGGGCGGCCAGGAAGGCUGCUGCCGAGGCAUUGGGGAAGAUAGCGGUUGCGGAGAAAGAAGCAGCCAAGGAUCAUAGAACUUCGUGUUUGAGCUCUUUGGAGAACAGGAGGUUUGAUAAGGUAAAGCUUGUUCGAGAAACUAUGAAUCGUGCCCUGGACUUGUGGAAGGAGGUAGAUGGUGGUUCUGACCAAGAGAUUUCAGUUUCAAGUCUCUCUAGAUCUUCUUCAGGAGGAGAUAAUGGUAAUGGCGGAUGCAUCAGAAGUUCUACCAACGUUGGCUAUAAAACACCCCCUCCUUCAUCAAGGAAGUCUUUCCCACCGCCCAACAGGUCCCCUCCAUCGGAUGCUUCUUCGGUGGUGACCACAGCCAAGAAGCAAAGCCCUGUGAAGGCAAUGCUUCAGAAGGUGGACCACAUGAGGCCUUCUUCCAAUGGGAAAACUGAAGUUGCUGUACCAGCACAAGAUAAGGCCUGUGAGGAGGAUGACAUCAAGUUACAAGAACCAAAGGUCCUGAAAUCGGCUGAGGAAGUUAGAAAUGGGGGCUCGAGCCCAGAAACAAAGCGGGUGCUCAUCAGCAGCAGCAGCAACCGCGUUGGUCAUCACAAAUUUGGUGGGUUCGGAUCUGGGUCGAGGGUGGUUCCUUAUGACUACGAUGAGGAGGGUGAUGAUGAAAUGUGUUACGCAGCCAAAGGAGGAGCCGGGUUGAACAAUCCUGCUGAAGAUAUGUGUGAGAAUCCCAAAGAGAUGGAGGAUCUGUCCUUGAUACGUCAACAACUUGUUCAGAUUGAAACCCAGCAAUCCAAUCUUUUGGACCUUCUCCAGAGUUUCAUGGGGAGCUCCCAGAGUGGGAUAAACUCUUUGGAGACGAGAGUGCAUGGUCUGGAAAUGGCAUUGAAUGAAAUAUCACAUGACUUGGCUGUAUCAAGAGGAAGGAUACCUGAAACCAGCCCAGCCGAUAAUAAGGCAUGCUGCAAGCUCCCUGGGACAGAAUUUUUUAGUUCGAAGUUAUGGAGAAGAACGGAUGGCCGUCAGUACUCUGCACUCCCUUCGUCGGGCAUCACGCAGUCGCGAAACAGCCUGUGGACUGGCGGGCCUUAUCUCCCCGAGGGCAGAAGAUUUCAGCAGAGACAUAGUAGCAGCAGCAAAGGUGGUUUUGAUUUGGAAGACAGUUCAUAGUACUGGCAGGGGAAACUUUGCAGGCCUUUCUCCAAGACAAGUGUCAAAGUAAGCUAUUUCAAGAUGAAGCGAGUAAUCAAAGAGCAGGUCUCUGAAACACCGUAGCUCCGCCACUUGCGUUUGUGCUAUGACCAAAAUCUCAUCCAGGAGGAGGUAAGCGAAAGUGUUCGAAUGCGGUCAACGCCCAAGUUCCCACAUGUAGCAAUAACCAACGCUACUAACAAUUUCUUCUUUUUUUACCAUUAGGUCACUCAAGAAGAGGAAAACCAAACCAAAUAUAUUGUUGAAUGCCAUUAGUUGUAUGCAACAAAGAACUUAAGUCAAACCCCACUAACACAGCGUUCUAAACAAAGCAUAAUGAGCCAUGACAAUGAGCCGCGCUCUAUUGUGGGAUCGACCAACAACAUCAAACUUGAAGGAGUCUCACCACCAGGCACAAGUGCAACUUAAACCAAGUUGAGUAGCCAGCGGCGAAUUCAGGAUAUAGUAAAGAAUUGGGUCAAAUUUGAAUAGAAUAUCAGAUACCAU